AUGUCUGCGGGAGGAGACUUCGGGAACCCCCUGCGGAAAUUCAAGCUGGUUUUUCUGGGGGAGCAGAGCGUUGGGAAGACGUCCCUUAUCACAAGGUUCAUGUACGACAGUUUUGACAACACGUAUCAGGCUACAAUCGGAAUCGACUUCUUAUCAAAAACCAUGUACUUGGAAGAUCGGACAGUCCGAUUGCAGCUCUGGGACACGGCGGGCCAGGAGAGGUUCCGAAGCCUGAUCCCCAGCUACAUUCGUGACUCAACAGUGGCCGUGGUUGUCUAUGACAUCACAAAUCUCAACUCCUUCCAGCAGACAUCCAAAUGGAUUGAUGAUGUCAGGACAGAAAGAGGAAGUGAUGUCAUCAUUAUGCUAGUGGGCAACAAGACGGACCUCGCAGACAAGAGGCAGAUAACAAUUGAAGAGGGAGAACAGAGAGCCAAAGAACUGAGCGUCAUGUUUAUCGAGACCAGUGCAAAGACAGGCUACAAUGUAAAACAGCUGUUCCGACGUGUCGCAUCUGCACUGCCUGGCAUGGAGAGCGUUCAAGAGAAGAGCAAAGAAGGAAUGAUUGACAUCAAGUUGGACAAACCACAGGAUCCUCCAGCCAGUGAAGGCGGGUGUUCUUGCUAA